CCUGUACCCAAAGGAUGGAACCAGUGCUAGGCGUAAAAAUUGGCUGCCUAUUUGCCCUGCUGGUUCUCACGCUGGUCUGUGGCCUUAUUCCCAUCUGCUUCAAAUGGUUCCAGAUUGAGACAUUCAGAGGUCGUCACCGCCAAAUCCUCAGCCUCCUGGGCUGCGUUUCUGCCGGUAUUUUCCUGGGAGCAGGAUUCAUGCACAUGACUGCUGAAGCCCUGGAGGGAAUUGAGUCGGAGAUCCAGAAGGUCAUGAUGCAGAACAGGACAGAGAGUGGAGGAAAUUCUUCUGGAGAUGCUAAUUCAGCUUCUACAGACUAUCCCUAUGGAGAGCUCAUCAUCUCCCUGGGCUUCUUCCUCGUCUUCUUUUUGGAGUCGCUGGCAUUGCAGUGCUGUCCUGGAGCCCACGGAGGAUCAAAAGUGCAGGAGGAGGAAGUGGGUGGGGCUCAUGUCCUUGGACUCCACAGCCAUGGAUCUCUACCCUCACCCUCACAGAGUCCCUUUCGAGCCCUCAUCCUUUUGCUCUCUCUCUCCUUCCACUCGGUGUUUGAGGGUCUGGCUGUGGGGCUGCAGACAACAGUAGUAGCCACCGUGCAGCUCUGUCUUGCUGUCCUGGCUCACAAGGGGCUCAUAGUGUUUGGUGUAGGGCUGCGGCUGGUGCAGGUAGGCACUGGGUCACGAUGGGCCGUGUUCUGCAUACUGUCAUUUGCUCUCAUGUCCCCCCUGGGUGUAGCCAUAGGGCUGGCUGUGGCUGGAGGGGACUCAGAAGGAGGGCACGGCUUAGCCCAGGCUGUGUUAGAGGGUGUUGCAGCUGGUACCUUCCUGUAUGUCACCUUCCUAGAAAUUCUGCCCAGGGAGCUAGCUGGUCCUGAGGCCCCUCUGGUCAAGUGGGGCUGUGUAGCCGCUGGUUUUGCCUUCAUGGCCUUAAUUGCCUUGUGGGCCUGACAGAUUCCUGACUUUUUGAUGGACCCAGGAGACACCUCCCGAAAGGCUUUGGUCCUCAGACAUUUCUCCACUGAGACUAAGUGGCAUUCACUGGGCAUCGUCCCCAUGAACUGGAUCCCAGCCUCUCCUACGUAAGAUCCCAUUGCUCAUCCAGGACUGAGAAAGGGGCGUUUAUUUUAGGUUGGGUGCCUGUACUUUGGAGAAUUGAUAUAAAGACCAUCACUGCAGAUUUGACUCUUGUUCCAUUUUUGCUACUGUCUGUAAUAAAUGUCCAUUUUCCCCUCC